AUGGAAAAUAGCAGCUCGACGACCGAUAUCAUUGCGACCGUAGAAAGGGGCGUACAGAAUUGGUCUCUUUGUCAGGGAUGUCAGAAUAAAUUGGAGAAUUUUACAAACGGUGUACCUACGGUCACAAUUACAAGAUCGGAGCUGGAUAUCCUGGAAAAGGACAUGCAAGUCCUGAGAGACGCAGUGAUCGCGAGAGAAGAAGCUUGGGACAAGGCAAUGGAACGGGAACAAACGUAUCGUCAGCAAAUACUUAGGCUGACAUGCGAGACGAUUACUAUGCGUCACAUUCAGGAAUCUCGCGAAGAAGAAUUAAGAGUUAUCGGGGAUGUUUUGAAAGAGAAAGAAGCCGACCUGAGGAAUCUACAAAAGAGAGAGGGCAGUCUAAAGAAGAUCGUAACGAAGCUUAACAAGUAUCAAAGAGAUCCAGAAGGGAAUCUUGGAAAUUUUCCGCUAGAAUUGACUGAGAAAGAGCAGAGAAUGAUUGAAGAGUGCUCGAGACAAGUAUUAUCCAGCUUGAAAGGAAAACAGAGAAUAAAAUCAAAAGGAAAUGCAGUAAGCGAAUCACAACGAACGAGUCCUCGAAAUAAUAACAAUAACAAUAAUAAUAUUAAUAGUAAUAAUAGUAAUAAUAAUAAUAAUAAUAAUAAUAGCAACAAUAAAAGCAUGAUUCAGAGUAAGGACUAACAAACAGGUUCCUUAGAAGAUAUCUAACUUUAAAUCGACUGUGAAUUACACGUUCAAUUUCGAUCACGUUGUUACGAUGCAUCGAUAAAAGAAAUAAAAGGAAAGAAACGGUUUGAAUAAUUUGAGAGAAAAAAAAAAUUAAGGAAGUGUAGAAAUAUAACGACGAUAUUGUUAAUACAUUUAAUGUAACAUUUUUUUUUCUAUGAACGUUUAAACUGUUUAAAUAAAUAAUUUUUAUGAGACGACUCUUUUCUCAUUU